AUGGGUCAGGCCAGUAAUAGUGUGGGACUUGACGAUGUAUUUGAUCAUGCCAGUUUGGACUUACAGAAUGUGAGUGACAAUGAUGAUGUUCCGACUGAAGAUAUCGACUCGGAAGGGUUUAAUGAUUUCGAUGGUGACUCACCUCCACAUUCACCUCCACAUUCUCCUCCAGCUAGACGAAUGUUAUUCGUCUUAGGCUAG